GCGUCGUAGGAAGUCUUGUUGUUGUCCUAAAGAAAGUGGCAACAUACGGACAUGCCAAGAACCACGCACGUGGUGGACAAUCAUACGAUUUAGAAGGCGAAUAAGGUGACAGUGGUAAUGAACAGCGAUGUUGAGAUCUACCGGGUUCUUCCGUGGCAUUGACUGCCCGUUUUAUUGUGAUACAGGGAAAGCCGGUAGAGAUGAGUGCAGCAGACCAUACUGUCACUUCAGACACAGCAAACAAAGACGAGCCUCCUCUGGGAAAUACGAUAUCAGAAAGACUAAAGCGCUUUCGUCGAGUCCAAACGAAAAAGGUUAUGAUCCAUUCAGUCCAGAGGUUGUAAGAUCAGGAGAGCAUUAUAAUGUGGAGCCACCAUCAAGCCUGUCAGCAGGUCAGGAUGUGGACCUGGGCACCAUUGAGCUGGAGCUGGUCAAUAGGGCCAUUGAAGCUGUUCGCAGCGAAAUGGAGAAAGACAAGAAGAAACUCUCUCAGAUUGGAGACCAGGAAUAUGAGCCCACCACUAGUUCUGUUAAGAGACAUAGACCCACUGCUGCAUCGUCCCAUCAGGGCUAUGAUCCUGGAAGUUAUCAAAUGGGACAAGCAACUGAAUACAACCCUACCCCAAGCUCCAAUAAAUACACCUUGGACUGUGAGAACAGCAGUAGUAAUGCAAACACGCUGGAGUACGUGCCAACUGCUGUCUCCAAAGCAAAAGUUAAAAAGGUGUUACCCCCUCCACCUACUGUCAACACCAGUUCUGUCAAGUGUAAAUACACGCUGGAUAAUUCCAAACCCUCCACGGAUAUGGAGUAUGACCCACUUUCAAACUAUUCUGCUAAGCUGACUGUUAAAGAAAGGAGGAAUUUGUCUUCAGAAGGAGAGAGGAGAAAGAGAUUUCACCACACAGAAAGGGAAAAACCAUCGCAGGAUGAGGAAUAUGUUCCAACGGUAAAGAAACCAAGGUCAUUGCCGCCAAAGGCUGACAUCCCAAAAUACACUGCUAGUUUUUCUGAAUCCGAUGAGGAAAGUUCCGGGACAGAGUAUCGUCCGACAUCCAUAAGCCGACUGCAGCUCAAGGGGAUCCACACAGUCUUGAAACAAGAAAGAGAGUCAGUUGACGCAAAUGCUGGUACAUUGAGACAACAAAGAAAGCAGGACUCUAUAACAGAGGAUGUCUUUUCAUUGAGUGAAUCGGAAGACUUUGAGUCCCAGGAGCUGGACAGGUCAAGUAAAAAGAUAGUUAAAAAAAAGAUUGAAAAGACUGAAAAAAGUGGCCAGUUGAAAUGUAACAAAUCCGAAACACUGAAAAAAGAGGAGAAAGACUCAAGUAAAAAAACUAACAGUCACAAAGAAAGACAAGGAAGUUCUAGUGGGGAAAAGACAUCAAAGAAUUCAAGUAAAGACAAUAUGAAAAAAGACAAGAUCCAAUGUAAGAACAUAGAGGUAAGCAGUAAGUCGAAAGAAAAGUAUUCAGAAAAGGUGCGGAAACAAGGUACAGAGGCAAAAAACAGUGUUGACAGGAAUAAGAAGUCAGGAAAGCUGAAAAGUGACCACAACAAAAAGGAAAAAGAUAAAAGUAGCGACUCAAAGAAGCCUAGAACAGACAAGCCCAUGAAAACUGUCAAGGAAUCGUCCAAAUACAAAGACAACAAGAAUGGAAAACUUGAGACCAGUGGAAAGGAGAAAAUGAAGAGUAGCAAUAGCAACAGCAAUAAAGAGAAAAGUAAAAAAAACAGCUCAGCCUCCAAUCAAAAAGAGGCAAGAGAGACCAAACAGAGGACUCUAAGCCACGUGGAUUUGUUUGGUGCCGAGAGUGCUGAAGAGGAAGAUGAGGAAGACGAGAGGAUAGUGAGGAAGUCGGCUUCUGCUUUUAAACGGGGAAGCGCUAUGAAUAAUAAGAGGAAAACAUCAGAAGUGACAUCAUCAUCAGAGGAUGACUAUGAGGCUGAUGAUGGUGGUGGAGAUGAUGAUGAUUUAGGAGUGGACUACUCCACCCUGCAGGCUGAGAUGGAGUAUGACUCUGACCCGAUGGAGGAGUGUCUGCGGAUAUUUAAUGAAUCCAAAGAGGUGAAGAUGGAAGAUAAAGGGAGACAAGCCAAGCAGCCUUCACAGGAGCAGGAGGAGGAGGGGGAAGACACAGAAAGCACUUUAUCUUCUCUCUUUCCUGGCCAGAAGAAGAGGGUGUCACAUUUUCAAGCUCAAGGAAAAUCGGAGUCAUCGCUGAAUACUGUACCGAUGCCGCAUCGGAGGGUUACUGCGCAGGAGAUCUGUUUCCAACGGAUGCAGAAGGCCCAGCAGCAGGCGGCACAGCUGGCUGCUGCAGUAAAGAAAGCAUCUGUUUCCACCAAAUCAGUUCUUGGGCUCCCUGGAGCAAAACAGAGGGUGGCACACCGGCCAAAUACCUCUCUGCCCUCCCCAAAGCCUGGCCUAGCUAAUUCCUGCAAACAAGUGUUGUCACCCACCAGAAUGGCGACAGAUCAGAUUACUGUGAAAGCUCAUACAUCAGCUGGCAUCCUUUCAAAGACCGUAUCCACUACAGUGCAGAAGAGAAUGGCUCACACCCCUACUCUCAAGAGCUCUACUAUGAAUCGUCCUGUCAUUCCCGCUGAAUUUGGGGCAAAGGUUCCCACUAAUGUUCGCCAGCGUUAUCUCAACAUCUUCAUAGACGAGUGUCUGAAGUUCUGUCCCUCUGAACAAGAAGCUUUUCAGACGGCUCUGGAGGAGGAGAAAGUGGUGUACGACAGAAGCAGCAGUAAGAACAUUUACUUGAAUGUAGCUGUGAACACACUGAAGAAGCUCCGCAGCAGGACCACACCUGUCUCUCCUGCCAUCAAGAGUUCAGCAGUAUCUGUGAAUAGAAAGGCUCAGUCUCAUGAAGGAGUUCUUGGUGGUCGACUUGCUGCCAGAACCAGCUUCACCAUCAACCGCUCUGGCAAACAGCAAGAUAUGGACCUUAAAGGUGCCAUUCUUUACAUGAAAUUGAAGAAUUACCUUAUGACAGAGGAACAGCUGGAGGAGCAUGGCUACCCCAGACCUCAUCCCGAGAUCUCGGGUCAUGUUGUAGUCCAUAACCUCCCAGAAAAGAAGAACAAUGACCCUUUUUCCAAAGUGUGUUGCAGAUGUGGUGCUGAGUACAAGAUAAAUGCUAAUGGCAACUGUGUACGUAAGGAGGAGUGCAGUCACCACUGGGGAAGAUUACGCAGAAACAGAGUACCAGGAGGUUGGGAGACACUCUAUAACUGCUGUUCUGGUGCGGUUGGUUCUCCUGGAUGUGAAGUGUCUAAACAACACGUACAAGAUGGGCGGAAAGAAUCUUUAGAUGGUUAUGUGAAGACUUUUAGCAAACGGCUACCUGUAGAUGGGGACGGAGGUGUAUACGCCUUGGACUGUGAGAUGUGCUACACAAAACAAGGGUUGGAGCUGACUAGAGUGACUGUCAUUAAUUCUGAGCUCAAGGUCGUUUAUGAUACAUUUGUCAAGCCGGUGAGCAAAGUAGUGGAUUACAACACACGGUUCUCAGGUGUGACGCAGGAUGACCUAGAGAACACCACCAUCACCCUGAGAGACGUGCAGGCAGUGCUACUGAGCAUGUUCAGUGCUGAAUCCAUUCUGAUUGGACACAGUCUGGAGAGUGACCUGUUUGCCCUUAAGCUUAUUCACAGCAUGGUCGUGGACACAGCCAUUGUGUUUCCUCAUCGCAUAGGUCUGCCUUACAAACGGGCCCUGCGAAACCUUAUGGCCGAAUACCUCAAACGAAUCAUACAGGACAAUGUGGGGGGCCAUGACUCCAGUGAGGAUGCACGGGCCUGCAUGGAACUCAUGAUCUGGAAGAUCAAAGAGGAUGCAAAGGUGAAGAGAUGACCUUUGACCCCACUGGCUCUUUGUCGCCACCUGGAAUUAUUUUUGAUGAACAGUGACAUAGAGGAAGCGUAUGUGAAGCCCUUCAUAAUGGGCUGUGUGUCACUUGGUUUGGACGAACUGCAUCAAAUGAAAUGCUGCAGUUUGAAUGAGAGAGAGAGAGAGAGAGAUUGACACAAGGGGAGGAGACCUGUGGGGAUAAUGUGAUAGAUUACAAAGCCUAGACCACCAUGGCUCCUAGCAACCCGAUCCGGUCUUCUGUCAAAGCAAUCUGUGGAACAAGCAAUCCUAAUUCCCACCAUGUUUAAACUGACCUGGUUAUGGCCAUCAUCAUGUCUUCAGUUUAGAUUUAAAGGGAUAGUUCACACAAAUGACAUUCCCAUAUUGUUCCAAACUCGUAUGACUUUCUUCUGUGGAACACAUAAUGAGAAAUGUUGUGCUAUUAAGCUUCAAAAAGUAUGGAAGCUAGGCAGAAUGACAGCCUUGGUUACCAUUCACUUUCAUUAUAUGGAAAAAGGAUGCAAUGAAAGUGAAUGGUGACUAAGACUAACAUUCUGCCUAACAUUUCCUUCUGUGUUCCAAAGAACAAGUCAUACAGAUUUGGAAAAACAUGAGGGGUGAGUAAAUUAUGAUAUUUUUGUUUUGUUUUUGGGGUAAUUAUAUCUUUGAAAUGGAAUUUGUAAUUCAUUGCAGGGUAAUUGUCUUUUUGUUGAGUUAAAACAGUAUUCUCCAUUUUUGAUAAACCCCCAAGCUUUUAUUUUGUUAUCAAUGCUUUGUCCCCCCCGAGCUGCUCAGUUUUGAUGCUGUUUUAAUGGUCAAUUUUGGCGAUGUGGCUCCAGGUAUCCUUUUUGAAAGGUUUAUGUGUUGCACUCUAAAGAAGUUUGUACUUAUGAAAUUUUUGAUUUGGCUAUAAAUUAAAUCCACAAUUAUACUUGAAACUAUGUUUUUCAGCACUGGUGUGAUGUCACUUCCUCUAGUAAUAAUGUAUAGCAAUGCACAUACUCACAAAUGCUGUCUUUUGCUGCAAAUAUGUAAAAAAUAGAUGUUUCUGUGAUUUUCAUGACAAUAUGCCAUGUUAACCCAGACAGUAUUAUUAUCUCUACUAUAAUUAUUACUUGUAUUUUGAGAUCAUUUGUUAACAUGUUCAAAUUUGUUAUUGGUUGUUAUAAUAAUUCAUGAAAGACAAUAAACAACUGUUUACUUUGAGUUUUUUAGUCAUUGUAAGCUUGAAAAUGCAGUACUUUGUUAAAUAUUAAACAAAAUGUCAUAUAAUUUUUUAAAAACGCAAAGUGCUGCCUGCAAUGUUAAAAACAUCACUUUCAGAAACUGCUACUGAAAACAUGUUCACUUUUAAAAACGUGAAUGUUAAAGGUAAAGAUCAAGAUGGUUGUACAGUGUUUUGUUAAUGUUCUGAAAUGGGCAGACAAUAAUGCCAUGAGCUGUAAAUAGACUGUAUCAAAGCUGUUUUGUUUUCUAUUAAAAUCUAUUAAUAAA